GGUAUGCAGAGAGUUGUGUCGCAGAAACUAAAAAAAUUACUUCAAUAACGUGAUGGGAAGUUGUUAGUGUCUACCUCAUCAACAAGAAUGAUUUCUUGCCAAUUCCAAUUUUUCCAUUUGACUGGCUUGGUUUUAGUUUUUGUUAUUGGCAUCUUGCGUUCAAGCGAAGGCGCAGCCAGUUCAGAGAUAGUUCAGAAGCUUGAACAUAAGUUAUUGAACAAAUAUGACAAAAGUGUGAUUCCCAAAACAACACUGGAGAGCGGGGUUACCGUUACAUUGGAUUUGGCAUUGAAUCAAAUUAUUGAUGUGAACAAGCGAGCCCAGACAAUGACAUCAGUGAUUUGGGUGCGUCAGUAUUGGAGUGAUCACAGACUUCGAUGGAAUUCCUCUGAGUAUGAUGACGUAAAAUCAAUUGUGACACAAGCAAGCUAUCUGUGGCUCCCAGACAUCACGCUGUAUAACAAUGCAAAGGAUGAUUAUAAUAUUGAUAAAGAAUCGUAUCACAGCCUGACCAUAACUUCAGAUGGAAACAUAUCAAGGUACUUCCCGACUAUCUACAAAUCCUCUUGUAAGCUGGAAGUCAAGAAUUUUCCCUUUGAUGACCAGGUUUGCACUCUGAAAUUGGGCUCGUGGUCGUACAACAUUUAUGAGAUGAAUCUUUUUAAUGUAGGCGAUGGUGACACUAGCUCAUUUAUUGCUAAUGGGGAGUGGAUUCUUCAAAGCAUGCCCUCAAAAAGACACGUGACUAAAUUUCGUUGUUGUCCCCAUCCCUACGUGUAUCUAACAUACAACAUUAACAUCAAGCGAAGGUCUUUGUACUACGUGCUCAACUGUUUUAUGCCGUGUCUGAUCAUGAUGGCCUUAACAAUCCUUUCGUUCUACUUGCCCUCAGAAAGUGGAGAACGGAUGGGCGUUGGUAUAACAGUGCUCUUGUCGUUGAGUAUCAUUCAGUUGAUAUUAUCCGAUUCCCUUCCACCCACCUCAGAAGUACCGCUCAUUGUUGUCUACUAUGGGCUUACCAUGUUAAAUAUUUUUAUGUCCUUGGUUUUCUCUUGUGUCGUUCUUACUUUGUAUCAUCACUCUGCUAUUCCGCUGCCUCGCUGGAUGCGAACUUCAUUGUGUGACUGGGGGGCAAAAUUGACCCGCAUGCAACAAGAAUGGGUAAUAAUACAAGAAAAGAGGAAACAGAUAGAGAUGAAGCAGAAAUUCUCAUCUAACGACAUCCUUACUAAAGGUGCUGUAGUGAACUGGAUGCCAGAAAUUUCGUUGCCCUCUCAAACACCGACGACGGAACUCGUUACAGGUCAAAGCCUUGAUGAGCGGUCAAGCGAAACAGAAAAUGACUUUUUACUAAGCCAAAGAUACCAUGAAGAGGACAAAGCGCAAAUGCUUUGUGAAGAAUGGAGAUUUGCUUCACGAGUAAUCAAUAAAUUCUUUAUGUGGAUAGUCGUCAUGGCCAUUAUAAGUAACGCUUUGUAUGUAGUUCUUAAAGCCCCCAGAGGGAAUUUCAUUUUGAAUUGAAAAUGAUAUACUCUAUACAAGCCAGAAUUCUGAAAUCUGACAGUCCAAUCAAAAGAUGGUUCUAACUAAGGAAUUUAACGAUACCGCUGGUGCCAGAGAUUUUCACUUUCUUUUACUCCUCGCAAGAAGUCGAGACGAGAUACAAUCAAGGAUUACGGUUUCUUUUUCUCUCUCGCUGCAGUCGCAGCGAAGAGAGGAGGAGGUAGGGAGGAGAUGAAGAACAUAAAUGAGACGUAGGGGGCCAUCCAGGCCGGCCCACGAUAGGGAAGAAUGGGGAGAUUUCUUCACUGCCCUAUGAGCCAAGACGCGCGACGGGCAGUAAGUAAGAAAGCAGUCACAAUCAUAGCUGGACCUUCACAUGAGGAACCCUCGUACUGAGAAUACCUCAACUAAAGAGUUAAAAUUAUCAGAGUUAUAAAAGAAGGAUAUGUUCAUAAAGGAAGGCCAUCGCAAUUAUUACAUCAUUUACUCCAUUGCAGCCAUGGCACUUUGCAUCUCCCAAGAAUAUUGUAACUGAUAGGAAACCGAGAUAUAUCAGUAUACACCCUUAUAUAAGAGGGACGACACAUUUUGUCAGUAGAUUUGUCAGUAGAAGUUUGCGAGCCAUUUUCGCGAAGAUGGGGACAGAUGCCACUUGAAGUUGAAAAUGGUAAAGGUUUUUUGUUACCUAUUCUGUAGUGGCUAUUAGAUUGAACACGGGCCUGAAGGUGGUGGCCAGGGCAGAGUCCACAAUUAACAGAACUUGUUGGCGAGGUCAGUAAAAUAACCUGUUGAUUAAGUUUCUGAAAACUGAAUGUUGGAAAUGAGUGCUCCAAUGGAUAGAUGAGAGCGCAGUUGUUUGAGAUCUCUAGUCGAAGAUGUUGGAUGGGAAUACGAAGGCCGAAUCAACAGCCCUAAUUUAUGAUUUCUCCCAUGAAGGAAGGAGCAGAUCAUUCGAAGUGAUAAUGUACAUAUAAGUUUUCGGCUUCACCAGUAUAAAAGAAAAAAAAUAACGCGUGAUGUUUAUCACCUUUCCAGUAGUCUGAUUAAUUUGAUGAGUUCAUUUUGGGCAAUUCGACCCAACGAAGCUAGACUGAGGAGCUUUUGAUGCGAAGUAAGGUGUCCAUCCCCGCAUGUAGUAAGUCUUGUGUCACCUGAAAUGUUCCUAUUCUAAUCUAAGCAGAUUGAAGUUCCCUCAAAUGUCUAGACAGUCAGACGCUUUGCGCUGUAUCAAGAGUUCUGGAAUGCAGUGCUGGAUAACUGUUUGCAGCGGAAAAAUUUUCUGUAUUGUCGGAGUUUUGUGUAGUUGUUAUGCUAAAAAAUAUUUUUGUAUUUUGUGUUAAUUUUUUGAGAAAAAGAAGCUAUAUUGGGUCAUCAGAGCAACAACAAUUGUAUCGUUUUAUUCUGAAUUUUUGGUGUUCUUUCGUGAUCUGUUGUUUAUAUAUAUUUUGGGGUUAUCAAAACAUUUAGUGAUUCCAAUCAUCUUAACAAAAACAAAAACAGAACAGCACGUAUCGGGAA